AUGGCGCGCCAAGCGGAGAAUGACGGGGACAUCAACAUACUGAACGAGAUGACACAUUACGCCGGGGCGGCCGACUUCGAGGCCUCGCCUCCUACUUUACCUCCGCCGGAUGCCAUCGUCCCGUAUCUGGCUGAGGCCAGAUUCAGCGACACCGUGCCCCUCAGGGAUUUUACUUUUGAGAAUUUCCUGAUUUCGACACUGAUGGAGCGAUGGCGUCCAGAGACGCACACGUUUCAUCUUCCGUGGGGUGAGGUCACUAUCACCCUGCAGGACGUGGCAUACCGCCUAGGCCUACGCACACACGGUAACCCCGUCGGGGGGAAUCGUGUCCUCCAAAUGUCCCAGACAGAUGAUUCCGAGACCCUCCAACAGUACGUCAGGUGUUAUAUUAUGCUACUUAUUGGAGGGUAUCUGAUGACCAACAAGUCCAACAAUCUGGUGCACCUUCAUUGGCUACUGUUGCUCUGGGACUUUGAGGAGUGUAGAGCAUUUUUCUGGGGCUCGGCUGUGCUGGCCUGGACGUAUCAGUCCCUUUCUUUGGCGGCUCAGCGGGGCGUCACAGAUAUUGUUGGUUGCACUCCGUGGUUGAUGUCCUAG